AUCGAACAAAACAAGACGGAGAGAGCGCGCUUUCUCUAUUUCUUCACCACCGCAGAUACUUUUUCUUUCUCUUCCUUUUCUCACAUUCUCUCUCUAACUCUAAUUAUUCAUUUUCUCUCUCUAGUAAUUCGAAGAGAGUGAAAUCUAGGGUUCAAUUUAUUAUUCUUCGGGAGAAAUAAUCUAGGGUUAGGUCAUACAAUAAAACCUGAAAUCGAAGGGAUCUCGAUCUCUGAUUAAACAAAGAGGCAACAAGAAAAUGAGCUUGGAUUCGGUCCCUGCGAACGCGCAUGGAAACCUUGAUGAGCAGAUUAAUCAGCUCAUGCAGUGCAAGCCCUUAUCUGAGCAAGAGGUAAGGAUGUUGUGUGAAAAGGCUAAGGAGAUUUUGAUGGAAGAAAGCAAUGUUCAGCCUGUUAAAAGUCCUGUUACAAUAUGUGGUGAUAUCCAUGGUCAAUUCCAUGAUCUUGCUGAACUUUUUCGAAUUGGAGGAAAGUGUCCAGAUACAAAUUAUUUGUUCAUGGGAGAUUAUGUUGACCGUGGCUAUUACUCAGUUGAAACUGUAACGCUUUUGGUAGCUCUGAAGGUGCGUUAUCCUCAACGAAUUACCAUUCUACGGGGAAAUCAUGAAAGUCGUCAGAUUACUCAAGUUUAUGGGUUCUAUGAUGAAUGCCUACGGAAGUAUGGCAAUGCCAAUGUUUGGAAGAUCUUUACAGAUUUGUUCGACUAUUUUCCACUGACAGCAUUGGUUGAAUCAGAGAUAUUUUGUCUCCAUGGUGGAUUAUCCCCUUCCAUUGAAACCCUUGACAACAUACGUAAUUUUGAUCGUGUUCAAGAAGUUCCCCAUGAGGGUCCGAUGUGUGAUCUUUUGUGGUCUGAUCCUGAUGACCGCUGUGGCUGGGGUAUCUCACCAAGAGGUGCUGGAUAUACUUUUGGCCAAGACAUAUCUGAGCAAUUUAACCAUACAAACAACUUAAAGCUGAUUGCUAGAGCUCACCAGCUGGUUAUGGAAGGAUAUAACUGGGGUCAUGAACAAAAGGUGGUUACCAUAUUUAGUGCACCUAACUAUUGUUAUCGCUGUGGAAACAUGGCAUCCAUAUUGGAAGUUGAUGACUGCAAGGGUCACACUUUCAUUCAGUUUGAGCCUGCUCCAAGGAGGGGAGAGCCAGAUGUUACCCGAAGAACACCUGAUUACUUCCUAUGAUUUAAGCUGGAACUGACUAGUGCCUCCUAGCUGGUUUACAUAUUGAGGGCUUCUUCAAAUUUAAGAUUUUAAUCGCUAUGGUGGCAGUUGGGUGGUGAAAAUCAUGUAUAAUGGCAGGUGAGGCUUCCUUUAUUUGAUUGUUAUCAUUGAUGAUGCUUUGGUUUCCACAAGAGGAAGCAGUGGGCCUGGCGAGCAAUUGCUGCGUAUGUACCAUUUCCAGCAAACAAUGUGGCAUCUUUCAUCCCAUUUCCUUGAUUUUGUUUUUUUGAUCUUUAUCCUUGUUAAUUUUUUUUUUUUUUUUAAUUUUCUGUAGAAGGGAUGGUUUGAGGAUAUGUAGAGUGACACUGAGUGGACUUAUAAUGGGUGUUUCUAUUUUAUUUUUACUUGUCCUUUCCGUAGUUCUAAUCAAGCAUUCUCGAAUAUCAGCUUCCGUUAUUUUCGUCA